AUGAAUGGCACUAUGGAGACCAUGAGGGUUCUGACCAUCGCUGUGCUGCUCUGCACCGCCCUCGCUCUGCCUGCAGCAACAGCAAUUGAGUGUGAGGGGCAGAAGAAACACUGCCUCAAGUUGGGUGGAAACCUGGCCUCUGUGCAUAGCCUUCCAGAGUACCGCCUCAUACAGAAAUUCACUGCUGCAAAGGCCUGGAUCGGGGGCCAUGAUGCUGUGGAGGAAGGACAGUGGCUGUGGAGUGAUGGAUCUCCAUUUCUCUACACUAAAUGGACACCUCGACAGCCUGAUAAUCAUAACGAAGAAGACUGUCUCUGUAUUAACUACAAAGGUAUGCUGCCAUAG